AUGGCUCUGCGAGAGGCAGCACUUUUAGGAAUAAUCAUUGUAUUCUCAGAUGUAUGUAAGACAUAUGGCAGUGGCAUCUAUUAUACCUUCAACAAAACUGCGUUUCAUCUGAAGACUACAUGUCCUGUAACGCUUACACACUUCAGUCAUGCUGGAGUGGACUGUCAUAUCAUCGUCCAGCGUGGACUGAAUGGCCUGAUGGACAGAGUGGAGAUUAUCAUAAAUAAAAUCACAACCCUCAUUCACAAUAACACUGUGACUGUGGAAGGCAGCAGUAUUUCCCUUCCAUACGACCAAACCUAUCAGCAUGUGUUUCAUUAUGGAAUCUAUACCAGGCUCCAAAGCAAAGUUUUGCCAGUGUCUGUCACAUGGUACAGUGUAGCUAAUGGUGUCAGUUCGCUUUGGGUGCAACUGGACCAGGAUUUAGUGGAGGGUAUGAGUGGACUUUGUGGGCACCAAAACAGCUCAGACCAACCUCACUGUCCUGGAGACUUGCACUAUGUAGAGAUGGGUCCUGCUUUCCCCCCAACCUGCAGCAACCCACAUAAUUAUACCACAGAACUCACCAGCACCUGCCUACCUGCUGAAGGGCAGGAGCGCCGAACAAAGUGCCAGACCUGUACCUGCAUCAGAGGAAAUUGGGCAUGUUCUAGAAACACAUGUCCAGCCAAGUGUAUUAUUGAAGGCCAGUUCAUCACUACAUUUGACGGCAAACAGUAUUCUAUGCUAGACAAAUGCACCUUUGUGGCUGCAAGGGGGCUUAACUGGACAUUGAACAUUCAGUAUUCUGAGCAAGGUGUUGUCAUAGAAAAGGCAUAUCUUAAUAUCAACCAGUCUACCACAGUCUUUUGGCAGUCUUCAAUGUUCAUUCAAGUUCAGACUUCAUUCGGCUUGAAAAUGCAAGUUCAAGUCUCUCCAGAAAUUCAAAUAUAUCUGAAUUUGCCGCCAACCGCAAAUACCAAAGGUCUUUGUGGAACUUUUAAUAAUGACACAAGCGAUGACUUCACUACUUUUAGCGGUAUCAUAGAAAGUUCGGUUCAGCUUUUUGCCCGGUCCUGGUCAAUGGGCACUUGUACCUUAAUUACUGGAUGCAUCAACACUGAAAAUGAGAUAUUUGCAGAGGAGAAUUGUGACCAACUGACAGAUCCAGAAGGAGUGUUUGCUGUGUGUCAUGAUUACGUACCUGUUUCGCCCUAUGUCGAGGCAUGUGUGAAAAGAACAUGUCAGUGCUCGACUGCAUUACAGGAAUGUUUGUGUGUCUCCUUUGGUAACUACGCAAAAGCCUGUGCAACUCAGGGAAUCAUUGUUGGCGACUGGAGAUCAGAAACAAACUGCAUUCCUUUGUGCAUGGGCAACCUGAGGUUUGCUUACGCAGCGUUGGCAUGUAACCAUACCUGCCGUUCCCUCUCGGGCCCUGAUCCCACCUGUGAGGUGGUGGACGACCCUGUGGAGGGGUGUGGAUGCACAUCAGACUCUCACCUGAGCAACCAACAGACCUGCAGCCCUCGUUCACUGUGCAGCUGCCACCAUCCUGGAGGUGUCACACCUCCAGGCCCAGUGGUUAUCGGUGGACGCCAGUGCUUGUGUGAAAAUGGACAACUUCAUUGUCCUGAAGUUUGCAAUUGCACAGUAGGAAAGAUUUGUGUGGAUUGCUCACAAAUACCAGUGAACACAGACCAUAGGACAUGUGAAAGCUUGACCAAACCUGUAAGUGAUGGCAACAGCUGCAUCAGUGGCUGUUAUUGUCCGGAUGGCCUUUUUGAAGAUCAUAAUGGUGGUUGUGUGACUCAUGAAAACUGCACCUGUGAAUUCAGCGGGAGAGUGUAUGAAACUGGGCAGAGUGUGGAGACAAACUGUAAAAAAUGCACAUGUAGAGGUGGUGAGUGGUCUUGUAUUGAUGAGGCAUGCUCAGGAGUAUGUGAGGUGUUUGGAAAUGGGCAGUACCGCACCUUUGACUCCAAAUGGUACAGAUUUGAUGGCCACUGUCAAUACACCCUGGUGAAGGUGAGUGGUUGCAAUCUGACAAAUGGGCAGUUUGCAAUUAAAACUGAGAGUGUUCCAUGUUGUGACGAAUCUUUGACAUGUUCCCGUGCCAUCUCAGUGGAGCUCCUGGGUGCAGUGACUCUGAUGUUGAGCGAUAUGAAGGUAACUGAGAGACUUCAGGCAGAGGACGCAUUGCUGGCAGAGCCCCUGUACGACAUCCACACUGUGGGCCUCUACAUCAUUAUCACAGUUCCUGGACUGGGUAUCACUGUAAUCUGGGACAAACAUACCAGGGUCACCAUCCAACUAGAGCCUCAGUGGAGAGGCCGAGUGCUAGGGCUUUGUGGGAACUUUGAUGGGAAGGUGACAAACGACCUUCUGACAAGCAUCUCCUCAGAAGUUUUCAGUGUUUUGGACUUUGGGAAUAGUUGGAAGACUGCAGCUCCGCCAUGCUCAGAUGUAACCCAUGAAAUAUUUCCUUGUGAACGACACUCCUACUGUGCAGCCUGGGCCCAGCGGCGAUGUAUGAUCCUGAGAUCAGACACCUUUAUAGAUUGCCAUCUGAAGGUGGAUCCAGAGCCUUAUUACCAGGCCUGUGUUUUGGAGUCCUGUUCUUGUGAGUUUGAGGGAAAGUUUCUCGGCUUUUGUACAGCUGUCUCAGCUUACGCAGAGGCUUGCAGUGCAAAGGAUGUCUGCAUCAACUGGAGAACCCCAGAUUUGUGUCCGGUGUAUUGUGACUAUUACAAUGACGUGGGCCAGUGCACCUGGCAUUACAAUCCCUGUGGCCAGGUUAAGACCUGUGGCACUAAGAACCGCUUUACAGGAAAACUUGAAGGUUGCUACCCAAGAUGCCCUGAGGAGAUGCCAUAUUAUGACGAAAACAUAGGUAAAUGCACCGCUUUGGACAACUGCACUUGCAACUUCAUGAAC